UGUACAGAUAUCAGAAUCUUUUGGGGGCUAGGGUUUUUUUCUUCUUCCUCUCUCCCGCGUUCUCGUCUUCUCCAUCUUCCUCCUUCCGUCGCAAGCGCGCGCCUGCAGGCGGGAUUCCGUCCUCUACUCCUCCUCUCCGAUUCGAAUCGGGGUUUCGAUCCGACCGCGUGCCUCGCGAUCCUCUCUCGUGUGGGCGACCUCUCUCGUGUGGGCGAAAGGCGAAGUCUUUUGGAACGAUGUCUCGUUGCUUUCCCUACACGCCUCGCGAGGGAUGCGUGAAGAGAGGGACGCUGAGGGAGACUUUGAUGGGGUCUCUUAAGCUCCAGAAGGAAAAGCAGAAGGUGGCUGAGACAAAAAGAAGUAAGCCAAACAAGAGGGAAAAGGAGGAGACCGAAAACCCCAUGAAACCCUUUGCUGGUAAUGUUGGUAAUGUUAGCAAGGUAAAGAGACUAUUUCAUGAGAAACCACCGACACCGGCAGGAGUGAGGAAGAGAAAAGUUUUUGAUUCAGACUCCCCUCCAGUGAGUAAAGACUCCAAAUUGGGGAAGAGAAAAGUUUUUGAUUCAGACUCCCCUCCCAUGAGUAAAGAUUACUCUGAGCAAGGGGAGAAGAGUUCAAUUACAGAAGAGCAUGAGCAACCAGUUGGUUACCUAUCUGAUGGGAGCAAGAGCAGCAGCAACAAGAGUAGACAAGAUGCCUCGACUUCUAGCAUUGAACGGCGUGGCAACAUUCUGAGAAUCCGGUUGAAACGAACAGCAGCACCUGAGAGUCCAUUUGUUGGACAACCUGAGUGCACUACAUCCGGAAGAACAGAUUUUCCUUCUAAGCAGCAUUUGCAUGAGACGAGUCAUGCGCCUUGUCAAAUAAACAUCCCUUCGGCUACUGCGAAGGAGGAAGCGAAGGAGACUUUAUUGGUGAAGCCAGAAGUCUCUCCUCAAUUAGAUACAGCAUUUCAGACUGUCCCUUCAUCGGCCAGAAAUGAAUUGUCAGAGCUUGAAUCCACAUAUGAAACUCUGAUAGAGCAUUGGGUGCCCCUUCCUUUGGAUCACGGACUUGGUGAACCUGAUGAUGAGGACUGGCUUUUCAAGACGAAAUGCGUAGAGGGUAAAUCUCCGAAGCGGCCUAAAGUAGGGGACGACACAGCAAUUUCUUUUACUUGGCCGCUGCAAGCCCAUUAUUUACCUGAGGCCGAGAUUUACGCCUUGCCUUAUACUGUUCCAUUUUAAUUCUUUUUUUCCGUUCAAAUUACUUUGUAAAGCGGCACAGAUGUACAUAAGUUGAGCAAAACGAAAGAGAAAUUUUGAGCAAAA